AUGCUUGCCAAAAGCACUAGAGAGCAGAGAGGAAUUAUAAGGCGGCUAUUUGCAUGUCAUGCUGGGAUGGGAACAGCAACCAAUACCAAUUUCAUGAGGAGCAUUCGAAGAAAAGUGCGGAGGUCGUUCAAUUUGGGCCGCAGGAGGCCAAGCUUGGUAGCACCUCCAGUGACUGAAGCCCCAACAAGUGCUUUUACAACCAAUGUUCCAGUUAUUACCACACAUAUCAGUGGUCAGGCUCCUUGCGGAGGUACACUUUCUUCCGGUCGCUCCACUGUUCCAGGCUAUCCCGCUAUCGACAAAAUGCCGCGCCCAACACCGUCUAAUCUACCGUAUCCAGCUGUGCCGAAAUCAUUCCGAGGUGCUACAGUCAAUGGUCCACGCACACCUGCCCUUUCAAAUGAUGUCACUGUGGCUGUUCCUUCAAGUCCAAGGAGAUCAAGUAGUGAUCCUGAGAUA